CUCAUUCGACAAUGAUCCAUGGAUCCUGAAGCUAGUGGAGUUCACCCGAGAAGCUGCUGAAACAAGAUCGCAUCCGGACCAUUGGUGUUUGCUUUGGCCAUCAAAUCCUUUGACGAGCUCUAGGGGUAAAGGUUGGGCCGCAGUGAUGAUGGCUGGGCAGAUCUCAGUCUAGCCUGUAGAGCUGAGUACGAAGGGCAGAGAGAUAUUCCAGCGAGAUACGCUCGCAAUACACCAAAUGCACAAGGAUAUCGUCUUCGAGUACCCAGAAGGUGUGGAAAAGCUCGGCGCUUCGCCUCGUUGUCUGGUGCAGGGCAUGUACAAGAAGGACAAGUUCAUCUCAGUACAAGGACAUCCAGAAUUCAACGAAGGUAUCAUGAUUGAUUUGGUGAAGACGAGGAACAAGCAGGGCAUCUUCGAAGAUGAGCAAGCUAGAGAUGCGCUGAGCAGAUCGGGUGAACAGCACGAUGGAGUGAUCAUUGCAAAGGCAUUCCUAAGGUUCUUGCUGGAGGAUUGAGUGGAGCUCGCUUUAGUAUUCCGAAAAUACGACUCGUUCAAUAUCG